AUGUCCGAACACUUCCCCGAUAUCGACACAGACGCGCUCAAGAAGUUCGCAGCUGCAGCUGCAGCCGCCGAACAUGCAUAUCGCGUCAGCCGCAACGCGCCACUGGGCAAAGCCGCUACCACCACCACCUCGCGCAGCGCCAAAGGCAAAGCUCGCGUCGCAGACAAAGCCACGAUCUACCCACGCGUAACCAAAUGUACAGACGUUGUUUGGGUAGGAGAAUGGAUGAUUCAAAUCGACAUCGACCCAGCCAGUGCGCCUCUAGGUCCACAUCAGAUGAUGGCGCACUUUCCAUACGGACGCACGGGGUUCACGACCAAGGCUAUGGUCGGCAUGACCCAGAUCGCGCGCGAACACGCUCAGAUCUCUGCGCCGAAAAUUUACGGUUAUUACGAUAACGAGGCGAAUCCAGUCAAGGCUGAGGUGGUGCUCCUGGAAUACAUCCAUGGCGACUCUCUCGAACAAGUAUGGCACACGCUAUCACCCGCCCAACUCGAUAUCGUCUGCGACCGCCUUGCCGAGCUCCUCAUCAAACUCUUCGCCUGCCGUGGUACCGACAUCUCGACCUACACCAAUGUGCGCGACUCUCCUCCCCGCCCCGCCUCUGAACAGACCAAGUUUCGCAAUCCAGUCCUCCUCGCGCCACCAUUCGACGAGGGCCCUCUUUUAGACCUCCCACCGCAGGAAGCGCUCACGUCUGCACACGACUACCUCAUCGCGCUCUCGCAACGUGUAGAUCGCGUCUUCAGCGAUAGUAGAACUUCCGCCGCAGCACGAAAUAUGGAAUGGCCGCGCACCCCGCCCUUGAACGACCGAGACGUACUCCUGGCGCGCGACACCUGGACGCGACUAGGCUCUCUCGUGCUGUACCACUCCGGGGGGUAUUACGUCCCCGCUCACCUCUCCGCCCCCGCACGCCAACUGGCGUUCGGGGUUCUGCAAGCCAAAGAGUUUGGGCUCUUACACACCGACUUGCGUAUGGGGCGUAUCAUAGUCAAAUGGGAGGCAGGAGGCACCGAUGCAAGACUGAUUGUGACGGGCUGGGAACACGCUCAUAGAGCACCGUUAUGGAGCUGUGCGCGCAUGCCGCCGUUCUUACUAAACGGACCCGGGCCCGAAUCGUUGAGCUGGGAAGACCAACGCGCGGCACGAGCGCGGGUGUUUGCGGCCGUCUUACACUCCCCACUACCCAAAUCUUGGGAAUGGGUCGUCGCACAUGUCUUCGGCGCCACGGAGCGUUGGUUCGAAGGUGUACUGUCGGCCAGUUGGGGCUUUCGAGAUACGGCCGAGGUCUGUCUUGCGCGGUUGGCGGAGCAUUGGGCGAGGGAGGGGCCUGGCGUGGCGUUUCCGCUUGAAACAGGCGGAUCGUACUUGCACGCGCGCAUGUUCUCGCAAUCGCCUAUCGACAUUGACCGUGUACUCGUCUCUGCACCUGCUCCCGGUCCCGGUGCAGGAGCGUUGUCGGCAUGGGAGGAAGAGCUGCAGGCGACGGAUCCGGAGGUAUUGGAAGCUGCCAUGGAGAGCUGGAAGGCUUUUGAUGCCGUCGCUGCCCGGGGAGAGGCGAAUGGCGAAGUGCCGCUCGAGAGGACACGGCAGUUUGUGGAGGAGGUUAGGGUAGCUAUGAACGCGCUUGCUAUCGGGGGCGGGUCGCAAAGCGCUAGUCAGCAGUUGUUGUCGGCGUGGCCGGAUCCAAUGAAUCAGGUUGAUUGA